AUGACUUCCGCAUGCGACCGCGUCCUCUCCACCACCGAACUCCUCGAAUUCAUCCUCAGCCACCUCACACCCAUCAACUACCUCUUCCAAGCCCAACGCGUCUCACGCUUCUUCCACACCACGAUUCAGAAAUCGCCAAAACUCCAACAACUCCUAUUUAUGCGCGCAGAAACAUGUCGGAGUCUCGAGGACUAUGUGACGAAUCAACUUUUACAACAACACUUCGCCCCAUGGUUCCCGCCGUUCCAAGGCCGCCGAAAUUAUGAUCGGUUGAAGGAGAUGGAAUGGGCCUCAACUCCAUCCCUUCGCGCCAUCUAUCUGCGCCCGGAGGCGAGUUGGCGGCGCAUGCUACCCAUGCAGCCUGCGCCCCAGACUCUUUCUGUACAGUACCUGGAGCACUGCCAGACUGGGGAUUUCAUGGAGACUGCGAGCGUCGAGGGAGCCACAAUGGGCCGCGUGUACGACAUCACUGAAUCUUUCCUGCGCGCGGAGUAUGCGAGUUAUGCGCAGUUUAGCAUGCAUUGUGGCGGCGAGGGGGUGGUGGUGUAUCUCGAGAGUCAGAUGCAGUGCGAUAUGGGAGAGGGGAGGGGCUUGAAGGGCUGGGAUUUGAAGUCGGAGGGGGCGGAGAUGACGCAUGAGUUGCAAUGGGUGGAUUGUGGGGAGGUGCAGGGGGGUGGGUAUAGGUUUGGAGGGAUGGAUUCGGUCUUUGAUUGA